GAGACUGCGACUUUCUAGACAAUCACACCAACCCACGCGUUAAUAACAAAGCAACCAUGUCGGACACAGAAGAAGGAGGAGUUGGCAUUCCUUUGCUGGAACCCUUUUCCCCAUCGGCAUCACCGGAGCCCCAAACAUCUGGAUCAAAGCGCAAGCGCGAAGACGUCGAUGAAGACGAAGCACCCGCUACACAGACAAAGGCCGCAAAGCGCAAAAAGGCAAAGAACGCAAAGAAAGCCAAGCAGCCCAAGGACAUUGAGGAGGACGCUCUAGAUCUCGAACUUGGAGUCAACCAUGCCAUCGCACAUAUGGACAGCCAGUUGCUUGCCGAUCACGUCGCCCAGCGCACCAAGCGCUUCCACACCGAGUUGAGCGUCAUGGAGCUGGAGGACAUGCAUAUACCAUCACACGCCAUCGUAGACACUACAUCAUGGGACAAGCCGCGCAAUCUGGAGAACCUAGCCGACUUUAUCGAGAAGUUCAAGGACGAGAGAAGAACCGACAAGCCAGGAAAGACUCUUGCAGACGCUGUGAAGCAAAAGUCGACACCACACACCAUCGUCAUUGCUGCUUCUGGAAUCCGAGCUGCCGACUUGACAAGAGCUCUGCGCAGAUUCCAGACCAAGGAGUCCUUGAUCGCAAAGCUGUUCGCCAAGCACAUCAAGUUGCAGGAAGCUAUCAAGAUGGUGAAGGAGUCAAAGAUCGGUAUGGGCGUGGGCACGCCGCAAAGAUUGAUCGAUCUCUUUGAAGAUGGAGCUCUCUCAGCAGGCAGACUGGAGAGAAUCAUCAUUGAUGCUUCGCACAUUGAUUCCAAGAAGCGUGGAAUUCUCGACAUGAAGGACACCGAGAGUCCCUUGAUCAAGCUGCUCACCAGACCCAGCUUCAAGGAAAAGUACAACGAGGACAAGAUGAAGAAGAUCGAGUUGAUCUUCUAUUAGGAAAAGAAGGUCACGUUCGACUGGUCACGUUUAGCAGCUUUGUUCAUAUUCUUUUCGAUACCCAAUUUACUUUCACGUCAUGAAUGAGAUAGCGGAGCAUCCAA